GAGACUGUACAGCAAUAAAUAACGACUUUGUUUGUCAAGUACGGGGCGUGUAUUUGGGGUCGUUUACUGUUCCUGGUGCUCGAAUGUAGCCCUUAAGCGUCAAACCUGAAUCCGCCGGUCGGGGAUCGCGAGCGGAGGACGCGCUGCUCACAGGCCGCCGGUAGGGGGCAGCACGGGCUCCCGUACGGAGUCCAAUAACAUCUCCGUGUGAACGUGGUAGGCGGUAUUUAAACAUAACAACACACGGAGGGUACAGAGUAAAGACCUACGGUGUCUGGCAGGAAAAGGGUCGGAGGUAACCAUGGUUACAAGACGUAACUGACCGUAACUGUUCGUUAUCUGAAUUUACGUAUAGCCAAUGGGCAUUUUUCUACAAGACUACACACAGUGACAGUUGCACGAUUGUCUGCGCAAAUUAAGAUAUGUCUACGUUCUACAUAUUAUGCUCUUUGGCCUUAAUGUACGGAAGAACAAAACCACGUCGUGUCUUAAUUACGGGAAAGCUAGCUGGCAAACGUUCGCCGCCCGCGCGCGCCUCAGGUGGCGUUCAGCGCAGUUUGAAUUUAUUAAAUGUCGUUUGGUACGUAGCGCAUUAUCUGUUACGGAUUUUAUGUAGCAUUCAGCUUUGCAAGCCAAGUAUUAUCGCUAAUAAUAUCACAGUAAUUUCGUUGAGAUGUACAAAUGAGGUCCUGAAAGGAUGAUAAAGUGUUUACCAGGAGAGGUGCAGGCAAAGCUGCGCUCAGGUGUGGCUAUGGUGUCCCUGCAGCAGUGUGUGGAGGAGCUACUCCUCAACGCCAUCGAUGCCCAGGCCUCCUGUGUGGCCGUCCGCCUUGACUUGGAUGGCUGCAAAGUGCAGGUCUUAGACAAUGGUUUAGGAAUGGACCGGGAUGACAUGGAGCGAGUUGGAAACAGGUAUUUCACAAGCAAGUGCAGCACCCUGGAGGACUUGGAGAACCUGCGCUUCUAUGGCUUCCGUGGAGAAGCAAUUGCCAGCAUUGCCUCACUAUCCACGCUGAUGGAGAUUUCCUCCCGGCCCAAACUCUCCGUUAAAACCUUUGUCAAAGUCUUUCGGGAGGGUGAGGCUUUGAAUGUGUUUGAGGCUGAGACCGGCAGACCAUCCUCAGGGACCACAGUGGUAAUCUGCAAUUUCUUCCAUGGUAUGCCUGUGAGAAGGAAGAGGAUGGACCCUGUUUUGGAAUGCGAACGCAUCAGGCAGAGGGUAGAGGCCAUCUCCCUUAUGCACCCCUCGGUCUCCUUCACUCUGAAAAAAGACUGCAGUGGAGCCAUGGUUGUGCAGAUCCCUAAGGCCAGGGACACGUACCAUAGGUUCACACAGAUUCAUGGCAUUGGGAGAGCACAGAAGCUUGGAGAGGUCAACUUCUGCCAUGGCCAGUUUCAAAUGAGUGGUUACAUUGGUAGGGAGGGUCACUACAACAACAGCUUCCAGUUUCUGUUUGUGAAUAAGCGGCUUGUUCUGAAAACCCCCAUCCAUAAACUGCUGAACUUGCUUUUGAAGAAGGUCUGCAGUGUGAGCCAGCUGAAUGGCAGCUCUGGAGUGUCGCAUGUCCUGGGCAGCCCAAAGCAGCGGCUGGGACCUGAGCUACAUGGAGUAUAUGUCAUUAAUAUUGAGUGCCAUUAUUCAGAGUAUGAUGUAUGCUAUGAGCCAGCAAAGACCCUCAUUGAGUUUAAAGACUGGGACAGUGUGCUCUUCUGUGUGGAGGAGGGGGUCAAGAAGUUCCUGACCACAGAGAACUUGAUCACUGAGAUUUCCCCGGAAGACAUUCAAGAUGGUUUUGGUGGACCGGUCAACCCAUGUAGCGCCAUGCCUUGUAUUACCAGAGAAUGCUAUGAGGGGAAGUUGUUGGCAUCCAAAGCUGUCUACAGGAGGUUUACUGAUAAUCCAAAUAAGACAGAAGAGGUGAGCUCAAUAAAUGAGCGUGCCGAUUAUUCACGUGCAAUUGAAACUGAUAAGAGUAACGUUGAGGCCGCAAGAACUAUGGAACAGAAAUGUCAGCCUGCCUCAACUAGUGUACCAUAUGUCCCAGGUGCAGUCAGUUCACAAACUGAAAACUGGCCAGAACUAUGCAAUAUGGACACCAGUACUGACACUUCAAUGCUUGAGCCUCUGAAGGAUAAUGCUCGGUGUAAGGAGGCAAGCCAUAAUGUCCAGUUCACAGACGGUGAUAGCCCUGUUUCAGAAAGUGAAAAUAUGCAUCACAAUACAAAUCCCGAAGGAGUGAAAGACUGGGAAAAUGAGAGAUUUGCCAUACAAAAAACUGAAACAGUAGAUCACACAGGUUGUAUAGAGCUACAGCUGGGCUCAGAGGGUUUCAUUAAACACAUAAUACCUCAGCUACAUACUACAGUGUUGCCCAAAGAACAGAUGCCAGGUUGGCUCAGGUUUCAUUCAUCUAGGCCAGUUCCUUCUCAACAACUUUUUCCUUUGAGCUCGACAUUCAAUGGCAGAAAUUUUACAGCAGUGAAGAAAUGUUCUGGACAGACUGGUGCUCUGAUGUCACAUACUGUUAAACAGCUGCCCAGUGUUGCAGAUUUUGAGGCCAAAGAAAAGCCUUUUGGUGCUACAAAGAGGAAGCUGCCGUUUAUAGCAGAGUCCAGUCUUUCAGAGGUUUAUGGGGGUGGAAACAGUGAUUUACCUGCAGUGAAGUCUAAGGUCUUCAAAGUGAUGCCACGUGCCAGAUUAUCUUUGCCAGUCCAGGCUGGCUCCCUGGACAGGUUUAGAAGAAUAUAUGGGAAUCAGAGAGAAACACCGGUACUCUCUGUGGAAACCAGUAACAGUCAAAUGGCUCUCGAUGUCAGUGCACCACAGGUGGGGCAUACCAUGGCAUAUACAGAACAGUGUUUGUCUUCUGCUGAAGAGGAUCUUCUAAGUGCCGCAAGUCCAGCAUGGGUGCAGGAUACUCCUGUCCUGCUUUCAAACCAUACCACACUUAAGCAUUCCUCUAUCCAGAGCUGGAGUAGUGAAAGCUCCCUAGCAGGCAAACUGUCACGCUUGAAGAACCAACAGACAGAGGACAAAAGCAGGGCUUUCAAACAGCCUCUUAGUGGUGUUCCAAACAGAGGUUGCUGUGACAAAGACAAGCUUAAUCAAGUUAAUAGAGAAGAACAGGCAACUAAUGAGCUCUUUCCUAUAUCCAGUGAUGUCCUAGAUUCCAAUGCUAAUUACAUGGAGACAGAUUUUGAAAGACGAGGUGAUGCAAACAGUUUCUCAGAAAUUGCCGAUGCCAAAUCAGGGAACUUUUGUGGACCAUUUUGCACUACAAGAGAUUUAUCCUCUCCACUCUUUCCAGUUAUAGAAAAAGAUGUGUCCCCAGCUCAGUCAGCCAGUGAGAUUAAGCAGGACCUUCCCUCAGGUGCAGAGUUCUGCACUGUUCUGAACACUUUUGGGGCAGUUGGAGAACCCAGUGGUGGUGAGGAAGCAGAAUCACGUGACUGGCAGGAACACUUUGACACCUCAGUGGGGAAGCUGAGCUACGUCAACAGAGUGACAGGAAUGAGCAAAUAUGAGGCCCCUCAUGUUGAAGACACCCAGGUCUAUUGUGUAAAAGAUGUCACCACCAUGGCAGUUAGUGUCAUGUCUAGAAAUGGCUUUGAGUAUCGAUGUUACCCAUUUCAGACAGAGCUAGUGUUGCCCUUCUUGCCGAGGUCCAGAGCAGAGAGAGUUCUUAGUACAGGCUCAGACAAUACAGGUGAGGUCCUUGCUCUAGUUCUAGUGAGUCCCCACAGAAAUGGUAGUACUUCUUUGAACAGCACAGUUAUGCUGUUUCUUUGUUUGCUUUCAGAAGCCCACCAGGGUGCCAGCUCUCUCUACUCUUUGUACUCGGACUGGGAAAAUCCAGUGUUUGUUCGCCCUCCAGAGGUUGCUCUAAACGUAACCAGUGCUCAAGCAGAAGGGCUUGCUGUGAAAAUCCACAGUGUUCUUUAUCCUUACCGUUUCACCAAGGACAUGAUCAGCUCCAUGAAGGUCAUUGAUCAAGUGGAUAAGAAGUUUCUUGUUUGUUUGAUUAACACCAGAGACCAAGGGAAUACUGCAGGCGGUGACACUGAAGGAAACCUGCUGGUGCUGGUGGAUCAGCAUGCAGCUCAUGAACGUGUCCGUCUGGAAAGCUUGGUGGCAGACUCAUAUGAGGAAGACCCUGAGGUUCCAGGCCAGAAGCAGUUGUGCUCCUCCAUCGUGACCCCACCACUCCAGGUUGACAUCACAGAAGAGGAACAGAGGCUGCUCAGGUCCUGCCAGCCAUUCCUCAAGGGUUUGGGGCUGGAGGUGACCUUUGUGGAGGUGGGGGAGCCUCGAGCACUGGUGUCAAAGGUACCAGUGUGUUUUGUGGAGAAGGAAGCCAAUGAGCUGCGUCGUGGAAGACCAUCCGUUGCUAAGGCCGUAGUGGAGGAGUACAUUCGGGAACAGUUUGAGCUACUGCGAUCCACAGGCCGGGUUCGAGGAACACUGCCAUUGACAGUCCUCAAGGUUCUGGCCUCACAAGCCUGCCAUGGAGCGAUUAAGUUCAACAACCACUUGAGCAGAGAAGAGUGUUGCAGACUGGUGUGCGCUCUCUCUGCCUGCCAGCUGCCCUUCCAAUGUGCCCAUGGCCGACCCUCCAUGGUUCCCCUGGCAGACCUCCUCCACAUCGACACCCAGGAACCUUCAAAACCAAACCUCGGGAAACUCCGGAAGAUGUAUCGAACAUGGAAACUCUUCGGAAACCAUAAAGAAAGGCAUCCACUAUGAGAUGAAAUUGCACAAACUACUGUUGUUUUUGAGUUCGGAGCUGAUUUUACAGAAGAAAGUUCCAGAACAACUACCGGCACCAGUGUUUCACCUGUGGCGA